AUGUGGAUGUGGUACAGUGUGGGAUGGAAGGCAUCAGACAGUGUGGGUGUGGAACAGUGUGGGGUGGAAGGCAUCAGACAGUGCGGGUGUGGAACAGUGUGUGGUGGAAGGCAUCAGACAGUGUUGUUGUUGUACAGUGUGGGAUGGAAGGCAUCAGACAAUGUGGGUGUGUGUGGGAUGGAAGGCAUCAGACAGUGUGGGUGUGGUACAGUGUGGAAUGGAAGGCAUCAAACAGUGUGGGUGUGGUACAGUGUGGGAUGGAAGGCAUCAGACAGUGUGGGUGUGGUACAGUGUGGAAUGGAAGGCAUUAGACAGUGUGGGUGUGGUACAGUGUGGGUGUGGUACAGUGUGGGGUGGAAGUCAUCAUACAUUGUGGGUGUGGCACAGUAUGGGGUGAAGUCAUCAGACAGCGUGGGUGUGGUACAGUGUGGGAUGAAAGGCAUCAGACAGCGUGGGUGUGGUACAGUGUGGGAUGGAAGGCAUCAGACAAUGUGGGUGUGGUACAGUGUGGGAUGGAAGGCACCAGACAAUGUGGGUGUUGUAUAG